CAUUUGAUUUUGAUUUCUAGUUUGGCAAAAUUAACCUUGAGUUUGGUGAUCGAGAGACACCACCAGAGAGCAAGAGGAAAUGUCAUCGACUGCCUUGUCGACUGAUGUGGGCAACAUUGAUCAGCUGAUCCUGCGGAUCAUCGAUGUGCGGCGCAUCAAGCAGCUGCAUCUAUCAGAGACUGAAAUACGGGGCAUCUGCCUGCGAUCCCGAGAUGUCUUCCUCUCGCAGCCCAUGCUGCUGGAGCUGUCCGCUCCCGUGAAGAUCUGCGGCGACAUUCACGGCCAGUUCACGGACCUGCUGCGUCUCUUCGACUACGGCGGCUAUCCACCCUCCUCCAACUAUCUGUUUCUGGGCGACUACGUCGAUCGGGGCAAGCAGUCCAUCGAAACGCUCUGCCUGCUGCUGGCCUACAAGAUCAAGUACCCCGAGAACUUCUUCCUGCUGCGGGGCAACCAUGAGAGCGCCGGCAUCAACCGCAUCUAUGGAUUCUUCGACGAGUGCAAGCGCCGCUACACAGUCAAGCUGUGGCGCACCUUUGUCGACUGCUACAACUGCAUGCCAGUGGCGGCGAUCGUGGACGAGAAGAUAUUCUGCUGCCACGGAGGACUCAGUCCCGAUCUGCUCAACAUGAACCAGAUCUCGCAGCUCAACCGCCCCUGCGAUGUGCCCGACAAGGGUUUGCUCUGUGAUCUGCUGUGGUCCGAUCCGGAUGCCAAGAUCAUGGGCUGGGGCGACAACGAUCGCGGUGUCAGUGUCACCUUUGGCGCCGAUAUUGUCGGCAAGUUUGUGCAUCGCCACAAAUUUGAUCUCAUCUGCCGUGCCCAUCAGGUCGUCGAGGAUGGCUACGAGUUCUUUGCCAAGCGUCAGCUAAUCACCGUCUUCUCGGCGCCCAACUACUGCGGGGAGUUCGACAAUGCCGGCGCCAUGAUGUCUGUGGAUGAGACACUAAUGUGCUCCUUCUACGUCCUGAAACCCCCCAAGAAGGCGGGAAUGCGUAAGGUUCAUUCAAAGGGAUAAAACCAGAGGCAAAUCU